CCCAAGGUGGCGUUCAUCAUGAUAAGUGUGGCGUGGACGCUAUCCAUCCUUAUCUCCUUCAUCCCCGUGCAGCUAAACUGGCACAAAGCCCAGGCAACCAGUUACACGGAGCUGAACGGCACCUACGGCGAGCUUCCCCCAGACAACUGCGACUCCAGCCUUAAUCGGACAUAUGCCAUCUCCUCCUCCCUGAUCAGUUUUUACAUACCUGUGGCCAUUAUGCUGGUCACUUACACCCGCAUCUACCGCAUUGCCCAGAAGCAGAUACGCCGGAUCUCGGCACUCGAAAGAGCGGCCGAAAGCGCCAAGAACCGCCACAGUAGCAUGGGUAACAACGGUAGUAUGGAGUCUGAAAGUUCCUUCAAGAUGUCCUUCAAGCGUGAAACCAAAGUUCUCAAGACCCUCUCGGUCAUCAUGGGCGUUUUCGUGUGCUGCUGGCUGCCCUUCUUCGUCUUGAACUGCAUGGUUCCUUUCUGUAACCCCAACGAGAGCUCUGACUUCUUCUGCAUCAGUUCUACCACCUUCGAUGUCUUUGUCUGGUUCGGUUGGGCCAACUCCUCACUCAACCCUAUCAUCUAUGCCUUCAAUGCUGACUUCCGAAAGGCAUUCUCC